CGUUUUAUAUAUUGUUCAGAAUAACAUAGAAACGUGCUUUCACAACGACCAGAAACAACCAAAUCCAAAUCUAAGUGUAGCUAGCUUUACACUAUGCGGCAUAGUGAUCUGGUUCGCUCACAACAAACGGGCUGCUAGUUACCGUCAGCUAGCUUUGACGUUAGCACCGCUAGCUGGCUCUGUUCGGGAGGAGGUUACGGAGUGGCACAGGCAGCAGCUAGCGUUUACCAUUGUCUGUUGUUGACUCGGCCUGGCAUCAGCAACCCCUUUUGGACUGGGCAGAGGAGGCAUUUCAAGUGGUCUGAGCUGUGGCCUGGCUGCAGUACCAGAGGCCAACAGCGUGGGGCAGCAGAGCGAGGUGGGGCCAGGAGGCAGCAGUGAGUAGGCCGGGGCUGGAUCUAGCCUGGAGGGGCAUGCGUCAUGACCUCGGUGGUGCUCGUUGACAGUGGAGGGGCGGUGGUGGAGUAUAUGACCGCCGUGGAGGACCCUCAUCAGGAGGGAGAGUGUGAGGAGGGAGACGGUGAAGCUGAGGUGGAGGUGGAGGUAGAGGUAGAGGGAGACAUGAUGGAAGAAGAGACAGACGAGGACCUGGAUGAAGAGGAGAACCCAGCAGUGAUCGUGGAGGAGGUCCCAGGCAGGGGGCUGGAGCAGUAUUUCUCUGCCCAGGUUCUGGUCUACGAAGACGGGACCUACCUGAUACAGGACGUGGGGGAAGAACAGGAGGUGGAGACUGAGGUGGUGGAGACAGUGGAGGCGUCCGUCCAUUACCAACAGUCUGGCACCAGUAUCUACUGUUCUGAUAAGACCAUCGAGGCUGCGGAGGCUCUGCUGCACAUGGACUCUGUUACCAGCCUGAGAGGAGACCGCAGCCCAGAUGUGUUCAUCCCGGCAGGGUGUGGUACCACCCCAGACUUCAUCCACGCGGCGAUGCGUCCAGACGUGAUGACCGAGACGGUGGUGGAGGUGUCUACGGAAGACUGUAUGGACGAGGACAUGGAGGUCACCCUCAUAGAGGAACCAGACGAGUCAGAGCCUGACCACCAACCUGUCAAGAAGAAGAAAGCGGGGAGGAAGCCAAAGACCCACCCGCCUGCUGUGGCCAACGGAUCGCCGGACCUCGGCAUCAAGAAGAAACCCAGAGAAGGAAAAGGCAGCACCACGUACCUGUGGGAGUUCCUGUUGGACUUGCUCCAGGACAAGAACACGUGUCCCAGGUACAUCAAGUGGACUCAGAGGGAGAAGGGCAUCUUCAAGCUGGUCGACUCCAAGGCCGUGUCCAAGCUGUGGGGCAAACACAAGAACAAACCUGACAUGAAUUAUGAGACCAUGGGACGGGCUCUGAGGUACUACUACCAACGUGGUAUACUGGCCAAGGUCGAAGGUCAGCGGCUGGUCUACCAGUUCAAGGAGAUGCCCAAGAACAUCGUUGUCAUCGAGGACGACAAGGCCGACUCCAGAUCGGGCGAUCUUAUCGGCUCAGAGAAGUCUUACCACGAGAGAGUUCUGCCUUCGUCGGAGACGAUACUGAAUGUGGCCGAGCUCGCCACGACGCCCACCAUCCUGAGGGGUGGGACUAGAACCGUGGUCCAUCCUCCGGUUGCUAAGGGCAACAAGGCGGUGAUGACGGGGGGCGGGGCGGCGGUGGGGGUUCCGAGGAUAGUGACCAUUUCCACGGCGCCAGACGGAACCCAGACGCAGCAUUCUCACACGGCCAUCAUCCCCACUGCCUCAGGACCCAGGACUGUACGGGUUGCCAUGCAAGUGCCUGUAGUCAUGACAACGUCACUGGGCCAGAAGAUCUCAACGGUUGCCGUGCAACAGGCGCCAGGGACGUCGGGAGGCCAAACGACGUAUCAAUUGGCCAACGCCUCUCCCAUCGGCACGGCAACGGGCAACGCGAACUCCCAACCGAAGGUUGUGAUCCAGACCAUCCCCACUAUGGUUCCAGCCACAGCGGAGAACGGAGACAAGAUCACGGUCCAACUGGCUAAGAUCAUCACCAUCCCAGCCCACCAGCUGGCCCAGUACCAGCAGCAGACCAAGCCUGGCCUGGGGGGCUCCCCGACGGGCAGCAUCUCUCUCCUGGGCGGGACAAACUCCUGGGGGGUACGAGCCCUGGCACCUCAUGUUACCAUGGCUGCAGGGACACAGGUGAUGAGGCUGGCUGUUCCCACAACGCUGCAUCAUCAUCAACAACAACAGACGCAUCAUAUCGUCACGACGACGCAAGGUGGCGGGACCGGGACGGCAGUGGUCACCGUGACGACGACAACAGCCAAUCAGAGCGCUCCGGUGGCGGCAUCCCAUAUCAUCAGCGGCAUCAUCAAGAGAUCUGGCACGGCGACGAGAGAACAGCAGCAGCAGCAGCAGGCCAAGACGGUACAGGCCCUCCCCGUCCAGACCACGUUACCGGAAGCACCGGAGAUCAUCACGGUAGUCGUCUAAAUCAGAGGAGGUCCCACCGGAGAUCAAGUCAGAAGAUCCUGAGUGUUGAGGCCACAAGUAUGGACACACACACAGACACACACACACACACACACACACACACACACCUCAACAUUGUUUGUACAGUUUUUGCCCACAUAGUUUGUUCUUCUUUUUCUACAUGACAAUUUGAGAGACUAUAAAGACCCACAACCAGCUCUGAUUUACCCUGGGGGGUCUACCUUCCUACCACAGCCUCAUCUCUAUGGAGACCCCGUGUGCAUCCCAAAUGGCCCCCUAUUCCCUAUACAGUACACUACUUCUGUAGGGAAUAGGGUGUCAUUUGAGUCGUACAAUACUGUCGGUUACCCAGCCAACACAGGAACCCAGCAAUGACUUCUCAAAAGGGAAGAAUCUCCUUCAGAAAAAGGGACCAAGUCAAGUUUAAAUCACUACAUGUUCUGUUUCUGGCAGAUGAGACACUAGCUGACUAAGCUACAACGGACAAAUGCAAACUUAAAAAGACAAAACGAGAACACUAAACAAAAUGCUAAUUAUUAAAAACCAAAAAAAAAUGUGAACUGGAAAAGGAGAGAGAUGGAGGGGGGUUGUAUUGAACUGUAUCUGUGUACGACCAGCAUUUGAUUUGCCGAAUCACUGUGCAGAUUCCCGGUGCGUUAACAAACGACACGAAAGACCCUGCGGGCUGUUCUAGGAUCAGCUCUUACAAGGGGAAAUAAAAAGCCAAAGGGACUUGUGUGUAUAUAACUAUUAUACAGUUUAGGGGGAAGUCAAUUCACAACAAAACAGCCUUAGAAUGACCUGUUUUUAUUUGUCAUUCAUUGUUUAUAAGAGAAUUUAGCUUUUUUUGUGUGUGUUAUGGUUUCUUGACCUUUUUGGAUACCUUGUACCAAGCACAGUGUUAUAAAACAAUACGACAACACCAUUGUUCUAUUAUAGUCUGAAGCCCAGGUCAGUGGGUCGGUUACAGGGUUUGGGGUCAAAACCAUUACAAUUCAGGAAGUAGACUGAAAUUCCAAUUCUCUUCAAUGAUAAAAAAAAUAAAUCAAAAUUAGCAUUGACUGUAAUAGAAAUGGAAUUGACUCCCAACCCCUGGUUGGUUCUAGUAGGCCUUGACCAUAGGCUUACUACAUCUACAUCCCCACGGUAACGGUCUCUAGGGUAACUGCUCGUCAGCCAUCUUGGCUCCGCCCCCUCCCUUUCCUUCAGCAGUUUCUGCUUUUCUUAGUCGUAUGAAGAGGCAGAGAGCUGUUCGGACUGAACUAGUUUGUAUAUUCAACAUUUGAAGUAUAUUCUAUUUUGUUGUACUCUUGUUUCAAAGUGUAUUCAAGUAGAUUUUACUGAAAUAUAAAAAAACAUUUGAAUUAAACAA